GUAUAUUUACAAGAAUCAUCUUUCUCUUUCAUUGUUCUUGCAGAUUUUGAGUCCAAACAGAAUUUUGUAGUGGAUGGGAUUGUCUAUCCUGUGGUGUUAGGGGGCAGCACAUCAUCAUGGCGUCCAUCCCAGGCAUUCACCAAUCAAGUGCUAAAGAUACUACUCCAAGAAGUGAUGGGCUACAGCAAUGUAACCAUAGCAAUGGAUGAUACAAAAGUCAUCUCAACAUCCCAGUCGGUCUCACAGAUCACGGGCUGCUUUAAUGCCAUGUGUGAAGAAAAAAGCGCUCAAACGAUUUGGUCACCAUCAAUCGAUGCAGAAGUGUGGCUGGAUGAUCCUCUAAGUCUACAACCCUGGAUGGAAACACAGGAGAUUGUUGAUCUUGGUCCUAUUGGGAUUCAAGCCAGGUUUGGUUGGUAUGUCUCUACUGCUCUGGUGACAACCCUCUACAGUGUGGACGGCUUGAUCGUUGACCACUGGAGAGUCCUGCAGAACUCACAGAUGACCGCCUACCUGACCAUCUCCACCAACGAGAUCGAGGUGCUGACCACCGAGUCGGCGGCUACGGCCAUGUUUAAGGGUCAAAGGUACUGCGACAGGCCGGAAUGCACCAACGGUGUCUACUAUCCGCCAUGGUGCACUCAGAAUAACUCACAAUGUGUCAUCCUAUUGGCUGAUUAUCCAGAAUCCAACUUUGACAAGCUGACCGACCAGAUCCAGAGCCUAGGCCUGAUGGUGGGCGUGGCCUGGAUUGGUCCAAACCUCAAGUCUACGGUCCAGCAGAGACAAGAGAAGAACCAGCCCACCCUGUUCUUCGGCUGGACUCCUGAUGACCUGACGUCAUCGGGUGCAUUCAGCCGUGUCGCCUUCCCGUCAUGCCAAGAAAAUGCGGCAGUACCAGAUGUAGACGGUGCCACUGGAGGCUGCGACUUCCCAUGGCAGAACGUCAACAAGGUAGCCUGGCGCCCUCUAGUGGUGGGAGCCCCUUACAUCUACGAUCUUCUGAAGGAUGUCACAUUCGCCAGCUCCAAGAUGGACGGUAUCAUGUACAGCUAUUACUUCAGUCGGCUCAACAUGGCAGAGUUUGCCUGUGAGUGGGUGCAGAGAAACAGCGGCACAUGGGAGCCAUGGAUACCAAGUGGAUCGGCAGGAAUCAAGAGAACUAUUCUCCUAGGUGGGCUGUUUGAGACCCUCAUCGACCCCACCUCACCAAACUCCGGUAUCGAACCAGGAGCAAGGAUGGCUAUCGAUGCAGUCAAUGCUGAUCUUAACAUCCUUCCAAACUACAAGCUCACCUUGGCUUCCAUGGAAACGGGAUGCAGUCCAGAGACAUCCCUCCUCUCUUACUUCAAGUUUUAUGAAGAUCGUGGCCAAUCACUUGCAGGUAAUUUUCCAUUCCAUUCAGGGUUUGUAUGGUACUUUUGUGUUAGUGCAGUUUCAAAGACUGGUUUCCAUGGAAAUGAGAUGCAGUCCAGAGGCAUCCCUCCUCUCUUACUUCAAGUUUUAUGA